GUUGACAGUAGUGUGACACAAAAUAACAGUCAAUAUUUCAAUUCCAGACAAUUUAUCAUAUUACAGGCAGUAUGGUCUCCGACCUUAGCCUCUGCCACAACAGAACAAACGUUCUAAAAACAAAAACAGUCAAUAUUUUUUUCGCUCGCAGUUUGCUUAUCUAUCUAUAUAAUUAAUUUCUAUUUCGUACUACUUUCUAAUGAACAUUAUUAAAUAUUAAUUAUUUUAAAAUUGUAACCUAAAAUCAGUUUAAUUGAUGAGAAUAAGUGGUAACUUAAACUGAUAAGUAUUUUAACAUGGAGAACAUAACAUCUACUUUUUAUCCAAAAAUAAUGAGCAAACCAAGAACUGCUGGAGAUGGAAUGGAAUCUGAUGAAGGUACAAUAGAAACAGUUCAGAAAAAUGUUACAAAUGCGAUAUUUCCAACUAAAGGGUCGACAAGUAAAUGUAAGGAACCACUUAUUCGCCUUAUCGAGGUGUAUCCUACUAAUAUAAUUAAAACUGAAAAGAAGAAGACCCAUUUACAUUCUAAAAGUCCUAAGUUUGUACCAUAUGAACCUUACACAGCAGCUAUUAAACCAAUCAAACCUCAGUCUGCAUCAAAAGGAUCAAAGAAAUCUAGGAACAAUAUGGAUCUCAAUACAUUAAUUUCUCAGAUGUCACAAAUGAACACAGAUUUAAAUGAAUUUAAACCACGACCAAAACUGUUGUCUAGUAGUGACAAAAGUAUAUCAUCAGAUACAGAGAAACAAAUCCUAGAGAAAGAUGAAAGACAACAAAAGAUACAUGAAUUAUUAUUGGAAAAUGAGUCUUUGAAAGAGCAGUUGAAGCAGCAAGCACAGGUCAAUAAGGAAUUGAAAACUAUGUUAGUAGCAUCAAUGGGAGAAGAUUUAGAGACCCAAGUACAAUCACUUAAUGAAGACAAAAAACACUUAGCAAAUGCUUUGCUAAACUCUGCACAACAUCUUUCUACCCAUCAGGAACAAACAGAAUGGUUGGCAGGACAGUGUGAAGUAUGGAGAAGUAAAUUUCUAGCCAGCAGUCUUAUGGUGGAAGAAUUAGCACAAUGCAAAAAAUUGCUCACUGAGAAGACUGACAAUCUACAACAAGCAAUAAGGCAACUGUUGGAUGAAAGGUGCCGAUCAAGAGACAUGAUGUUGUGUACAUACAAAAAUUUGUACAGUCUACAUGAAAAGUGGCUUGAAAAUGUCACCAUUUCUGAGUACAUGAGCAAUAGCAGAGCUUACAACCGUCCCAUUGGUAACUUGAAUUUCAAUGCUACAACUCCACAUUCUACUAAUAUAAUAGAUUUGGCCUCAGUUAACUUGAAACUGUCAGAAAAUAUUAGUAGUACAGUUGAGAAACAAGAUAUCAGUCAUUUAGAUAAGUUACCCUCGGCUACUGAUGGAGAAAAGCAUGCUGAAAAUGUUAUGGCUAUGCCUUUAGAAGUUAGAAAGGUGAAUGAGGUACCAGUAAAUGCACUGGUCCAUUUAGCAUACAGCAACAGUGGGAACACAGUACGGCCGGUUGCAUCAUGCAUACAUUGCAAUGGAAAGGUUCAACUUCUAUAAAUAUUGCAUUGGUAUAAAUUUCAUUAUUAUCAAUUAGAAUCAUAAAAUUUUGCUAAUAUAAUAAAAUUGUAAAUAAUAUCUGUACAUUGGAGAUAUUUAAGAAAAAAAGUAUAAGGAGUCUAAUAAUUCUCUUAUGACAAUUAUAAUCAACCGAAUAUCGAUUUUUAAAAUAUUGUGAUUCAUAUUUUAUGAUCGAGUUAUACGAUUGAUUAUAAGUUAUACAAUUUAAUAAAUCUUCAUGUAUAUAUUAUUAAUCCCUUUAUAUUAUAUUAUUAAUAAUCUUUAGCUACAAAAUGCCCUUCAUUUGGAAAUAAAUUAUUAUUUCUACUAAUGACAAUGAAAAUCAGUGUUAACAAAAACUGUUAUGCAGUUAUUCAAAAUAAAACAGAAAUUCAUUUAACGUAUUAAGAGGAAUUUAAUUGCCGUACCUGCAGAUAUUCAGUUAUAAGCCAUUUUGCGAUUUUCUAUAAAACCAAUAUAAAAAUUUUGCACUAUAAAAAGAAAAAAGCGUCAAACGUUGCAAUAUUAAUAUAGAUCCACACCCGAUAUCUUUGGUCCACAUACAUGUUGACUUAUUUUUGUCAUCACUAGGGAUUACAGCCAGUAAUCCACAUUUAUUCCAAAAAUACAA